AAAAUGAUGAACAAGAAGAGAAGGGAAAUGAAUAGGUGGAACAUGAGAACGUGGAAAAAGAGAAUGAGGAAAAUGAGGACGAGGAAAAUGAGAACGAUGGCGAGGACCAUGGCGUGGGAAAUGAAAAUGAAACAGAAGCUCAGGCAAAACCAAAAAGAAAGUACGUUCCACGUGGCCCAACAAGGAUGAGUACACUAGGGCUAACAAAUGGUAAGAAUGGAAAGGAAGAUUUUAGCUUUAACAAUAAGGAUUAUCCCAUUGGUGAUCCUUCGGUCCAUCUUGCAAGUGUGUUGGGAGUUCUGGUUGGGAGAAACAUCGCACUAAAGCACAGGGAUUGGAGACUUGUCCCUAGAGAAGCCAAAGAUAACAUACGGGCGGUUGUCCAGCAAAGGUUUGUUGUCGAUGAGUUUUACAAAGAUUACUAUGUUGGGAAGAUGGGGUGUUAUCUUAAAGAGGCUAGGUCAAGGAAAGCCGGGAAGAUACUCUCCUUAGAUGAUCUAGAGAAAGAAGAAAGAGAGAAGAAGCUGGCAGCACUGAAACCAGAUAAUAGCACUGUCGAUGAGUGGGAAGAGUUCGUGAAACAUGUUUGCUCGGAGGAAUUCAUAACAAAAAGAUUCCGGAUGCAACAAAUCAGGAAGAAAUACACCACUCCACACACUAUCAGUAGACUAGGUUGGGCAAGACUCGAGGCUAAGAUGCAAAAGGAACGGAAAACACAAGAAGAGAUUGAUAGAGUCGAAGUUUGGACAAUGGGUCACAAACAGAAGGAAGGAAAGGAACCUAAUCCGGGUGUUGUAGAGGCUUUGGAAAAGAUUCAAAGAGCAGCAGAAGAGCAUGGUGCUGAUGUUGGAUCAUAUGUGACAAAUGAUCUUCUUGCCAAAGCUCUUGGUGACGAUAAACCAGGGAGAACGAGAGACUUGCAUUGUUAGAGGAAAAGACGUCGAGCUGUGUCUGCCAUGGUGCCUCACACUUGCACAACAUCAGUCCAAAGGUCAAUGUGUUUAUAUAUGUUUGUACAGCUGCACAUCGCCAGUUCAAAUUUAUUUCUUUGCAUUAUGCCAAUUUCUUAUGUUGCUGUUGUGUUUAUCCUGCAGUCUGGAAAUGCUAGCAAUAUUGUUGGUAGCACUAGCAUGAAUGUUCUCCACCAUGAAAAUGACAGUCCAAUCAGCAGACCAAUGGCAGGAGGAGUGCUAGAGAAGGGUAAAGCUUGCAGGUUGCUCAGUUGGUACAAUGAGAAUGAGGUUGUUGCUGACGCGAUUAUUGCUGAAACAGAUCCAAAUAUGAAGUGCCAUGGAGAACCAAUAGGUUUUGCAUCUUACAAGGUAACUGUCACUACAUCAAUUGUUGAUGAUGCCAUUCUCUACAAGCAAAGCGGCGAGUUGAAGACUUUAUUCAACGUUGUAGGAACUUAUACCACAUGGGCCAAGGAUCUCAUAUUUCCUGCAAUCUGACUUGUUAUUAUGUUUGGGGAGUGUUUGGGGAGUGUUCAUAAAACAAUGUUGUUAUUUUUUUGUUGCUCUUAUCAGCUUAAAACAAUGUUGUUCUUUUUUUGGUGCACUUAUCAGUUUAAAACAAUGAUGUUCUUUUGUGGUGGCUGUGAGAAUGUGUUAUCAGCAGGUUCAAGUGUUUGAAUGCUGUUACAUUUUAAUUGAACGAAGCCAAUUUAUAUAUUUUCCGGUGAAUCAGAAUC